GCGCCGUUGCGGGGGGGCGGUUAAGGGGAGCUGAUGUUGUGUUGGUCUGGAGGGUCCCUGUGUCCAGGAAGAGGAUAUGAGAAGAGCAGCUUUGCUGGUAGAGCUCCCCAACUGAGUACCAUGUGAAGGUCUGACAGAGCCCCUUGAUUCGUGGGACAGGAGAGACGUCCCUCUUUCAGUCCAGAAGGGGCAAAUUCUUUGAACGUUUUUGUCUACUUCAGUAGGCUCUUAAAGUAUCAUCUUUACCUGAACCACAGGGGCACGUGCCUGAGCCAGUUUGCCCACUGUGGGGAAAGGAAGUCUCAGGAGGCAUUCCGCGCGCCAUGGAGAAACCGUGGAAGUGUGGGGAUUGCGGGAAAGGAUUCCGCUACCCGUCCGAUCUGGAGAUCCACCGCCGUUUCCACACUGGGGAGCGGCCCUUCACCUGUUCCGGGUGCGGGAAGGACUUCAGCGACUCGGCCAACCUGCUGGCCCACCAGCGGGUCCACACCGGGGAGCGGCCCUUCACCUGCUCCGUCUGCGCCAAGGGCUUCUCUCACUCGUCCAACCUGCUCAAGCACCGGCGGGUCCACACCGGGGAGCGGCCCUUCACCUGCUCCGUCUGCGGCAAGGGCUUCACCCAGUCGUCCCACCUGAUCUCACACCAGCGGGUCCACACCGGGGAGAGGCCAUUCAGCUGCUCGGUCUGUGACAAGGGCUUCACCCGCUCGUCCCACCUGCUGUCCCACCAGCGGCUCCACAACGGCAAGAGGCCGUACGUCUGCUCCGAGUGCGGGAAGGCCUUCACUAAGUCGUUGAAGCUGAAGUCCCACCAGCGGGUCCACGCCGGGGAGCGGCCCUUCACCUGCUCCGUCUGCGGCAAGGGCUUUACCCAGUCGUCGCACCUGCUGGCCCACCAGUGGGUCCACACUGGGGAGCGGCCCUUCACCUGCUCGGUGUGCGGCAAGGGCUUCCCUCACUCGUCCACCCUGCUGCGGCACCAGCGGGUCCACACCGGGGAGAGGCCCUUCACCUGUCCCGUCUGCGGCAAGGGCUUCCCUCACUUGUCCACCCUGCGGUCCCACCAGCUGGUCCACACUGGGGAGCGGCCCUUCACCUGCUCGGUGUGCGGCAAGGGCUUCUCUCACUCAUCCACCCUGCUGCGGCACCAGCGGGUCCACACCGGGGAGAGGCCCUUCGCCUGCACCGUCUGCGGCAAGGGCUUUACCCAGUCGUCCACCCUGCAGUCCCACCAGCUGCUCCACACCGGGGAGCGGCCCUUCACCUGCUCCGUCUGCGGCAAGGGCUUCCCUCGCUCGUCCACCCUGCUGCGGCACCAGCGGGUCCACACGGGGGAGAGGCCAUUCACCUGCUCCGUCUGCGGGAGGGGCUUCGCUCGGUCCCAGCACCUGCUGCGGCACCAGCGGGUCCACACAGGGGAGAGGCCAUUCACCUGCUCUGUCUGCGGGAGGGGCUUCGCUCAGUCCCAGCACCUGCUGCAGCACCAGCGGGGGCACAAGUGACGGGGCCAGCCGCUGUGAGUCACCGCCCAGGGCUGAACCCUGGGUGGGAGGGGGAGGGUCACUGCAGUUGCUGUGCUCUCAUCUCCUUGGCAUCCAGUGGCUCUGCGAGCCUGCGACUGCGCAUUUCCUCCUGAAGUAGAGAUGUACAACACAGAAACAACUCCAACUCCAACUCCUCCAUAUCCUCAACUAAUCAAGUCCUAUUUGCCAGCAAUUGGCCCUAUCCCUCCAAACCCCUCCUUACACAAAUACCCAAGUGGAUGCCUUUUAAAUGUUGCAAUUGUACCAGCCUCCACCACUUCAUCUGGCAGCUCAUUCCACACGCACACACCACCCUCUGUGUGAAAAAUGUUGCCCCUUAGGACCCUUUUUAAAUCUUUCCCCUCUCACCCUAAACCUAUGCCCUCUAGUUCUGGCAAAAGACUUUGUCUAUCCCUAUCCAUGCCCCUCAUGAUUUUCUAAACCUCUCUUAAAGUCAAACCUCAGCCUCCGACGUUCCAGGGAAGACAACCCCAGCCUGUUCAGCCUCUCCCUGUAGCUCAAACCCUCCAACCCUGGCAACAUCCUUGUCAAUCUUUCUGAACCCUUUCAAGUUUUGCAACAUCCUUCCGAUAGACCAGAAGUGCACAUAAUACAGAGGAGCUUCGAUUAUCCAGAAUUAGAUGAACCAGCACGGUGGCUCAGUGGUUAGCGCUGCUACCUCACAGUACCAGGGACCCGGGUUUCAUUCCUGCCUCAGGCGACAGACUGUGUGGAGUUUGCACAUUCUCCCCGCGUCUGCGUGGGUUUCCUCCUAGUGCUCCGGUUCCGUCCCACAGUCCAAAGAUGUGCAGGUCAGGGUGAAUUGGCCAUGCUAAAUUGCCCGUAGUGUUAGGUACAUUAGUCAGAGGGAAACGGGUCUGGGUGGGUUACUCUUCGGAGGGUCAGUGUGGACUGGUUGGUCCUGUUUCCACACUGUAGGGGAUCUAUUCGUCAGGCGACUGAAAUACACCCUGCAUGUGUCCUUUGGAUAAUCGAGGUUCCUGUGUAUUCCAAAAGUGGCCUAAGCAACGUCCUGUCCAGACCCCAACCCCUAUACUCAGUGCUCCGGCCAAUAAAGUGAUCCACAGAAUCUGCGGGACUUGCUUAAUCCUGGGAGGUGUUGUGAUGAAUAUAGGUCUAGGGAGGGUAGAACUGUAGUUGUUGCUUGGGGAAUCGGGGGCGCUGCGAAGCUGUUGUUUGGACCGCUGACUGAAACUGUCUCGUAAACAGCUGCCAGGGCCGAGUGAGCUCAAUAACAGGCUCUGCUCGGCGCAGCUGCCAAGGCCAAACGAGCUCAAAAACAGGCGGCUGGACUGUUGUUUACGAGACUGAAACCGUCUCGUGGGCAGCUGCCAAGGCCAAACGAGCUCUGUGACAGGAAACGCUUUGUGUGCGAGAGAUCACGUAGCUUUGCUUAGCAAAAGUAUAUCAAGAGCGAUUUUGUAGGGGGAAGGCAGAACGCGCGCCUUCUCCAGUGAAUACAUGUAUCAGCUACGAUUCUGCAAUAAAGCCUGCUUGAGCCAAA